AAGAAAGUGCAACGCAUUGCCUAAAGCACCUAAAGUCACGUUACAUCUGGACAAAGCUCAAAAAGGUUUUUAUAAAAACAGCAACUCUUUUCCGUUGUCCACUUCCAAGAACAGCUUAUUAAUCUCCAUAAAUGUCGAAUUUUCUAAACUGAAAUGUUAUUUAUGCAACCGAAAUUUCCCAGAUGGUAUUUUCAAGAAUUUUUUGUUUUUUUUUUUUUUUUUGCUCCUGCAGACACUCUGCCUUUGACGGGAGAUCCUUGUCUACUUCAAACUCGAUCAGAAUCUUAGCUCAGGAGGAAGCUCAUUAGGUAAUCUGAGUGGUUUUUUUUUUUUUUUGUCUUUUCCAUUUUUAUUUUUCAGUUUUUCUGUAUUUUGGUGGUGGCCCUUUUGAGAAUUGGUUGAUAUUAUCGACCCAAAUAUGACGAAUUUGCUCUUGGUUUUUGGUUGCGUAUUUUUCUGUUUCUUGAAGUAGUAUUUGUGUUGUACUCUUCUUCUCCUACCAGUUUUGUUUGGUAAAUGGUCUUAUCCUUCACCAAAAAGGGGUUAUCUUGUUAUUUUUUUGGGUGUAGAGUUUUGGUGAAAUAUUUAAUAUUUGAUACCGUGCUCUUUUAUAUUGGGCUUGCAGGGGAUACUCUGGAAACCCAGAGCUGGAUUUGAUUUUAGAGUUGGAAUAUGAAGAGAAAAUUAACUUCCUGGAGCCCCCUUUUAUUGUUCAGCUUGAUUUGAGACUUUACUCUUGGGUUCUAUGUUUGGAGGAUUGUACUCCCUGGAAAUAAAUUAAUCCUUUGAGUAUUAGAGCUGAAGAUGAAGAUUGGUGGCACUUUUUCCGUGUGAGAAACUUCAACUUUAUUAGUUAUCUGAGCUGCAAUGAGGUAUUUUUAAGGGAGUAUUUACUGCCUUCAAGAGUUAUCAAAAAACAGUCUUUUGAGUUUUGCUGUGCUUAAUGGCUUCAAUGCCGGAGAAAAGUAUGCUGCCCUCAAGAUUUCUUUCUUGCCUUAUAGCCAUUUCAAUGUUUCUAUUACUCUUGUCAUCUUUGUCCCUACUUCAAUUCUGCGGCAAUUCUUACAUAAACUCUUCUGUUUUUCGGUUUAUCCUAGUUAAUACUUCGUCUUUUUGCUCAAAAUCCGAUCACAUUCUUUCUGAAACAUCAAUUAUACAAGAGUUGAGAACUCAAAAGGCUCCUUGUGUGAACUCCACCAAUAGAGUAGGUAGAUUGCCACAUGCUGGACAGGGAUCAUGUGAUUCUAGCCGGGCUAUCCUUAAAGUUUACAUGUAUGACUUACCUCCUGAAUUUCACUUUGGUUUGUUGAAUUGGCGAGGAAUUGGGAAAAAAGUUUGGCCUGAUGUCAGUAACCUAAAUGAAGUUCCCGCUUACCCUGGUGGUUUGAAUCUUCAACACAGCAUUGAGUACUGGCUCACACUUGAUCUUCUUUCGUCUAAUACUCCAAAUGUUGAUAGACCAUGUACUGCAAUCAGAGUGCAGAAUUCAACAGAAGCAGAUAUCAUCUUUGUGCCGUUCUUUGCAUCAUUAAGUUACAACCGUCAUUCUAAGCCUCGCGGGGAGGCGAAAGUGAGCCUCAACAAAAUACUGCAAGAUAAAUUGGUGGAUUUUCUAAAGAGCAGGGAGGAGUGGAAACGGAAUGAUGGAAAGGAUCACCUCAUAAUAGCCCACCAUCCAAAUAGCUUAUUGACAGCAAGAAAGAAGCUUUCUUCUGCAAGAUUUGUGCUUGCUGACUUUGGGAGAUAUCCCCCUCAAAUAGCCUAUCUUGAUAAGGAUAUUAUAGCUCCCUAUAAGCAUAUGGUGAGGACAGUUCCAUCUGCUGACUCUCCUCCAUUCGAGCAACGGCCGACAUUGAUGUAUUUCCAAGGCGCCAUAUAUAGGAAAGCUGGUGGAAUAAUUCGACAAGAACUGUUCUAUCUUCUCAAAGACGAAAAAGAAGUUCACUUCACAUUUGGAACUGUUCAGUCCAAUGGUAUAAGACAGGCAGGCCAUGGCAUGGCCUCAUCCAAAUUCUGCCUCAACAUUGCUGGAGAUACUCCCUCAUCCAAUCGUCUUUUUGAUGCCAUUGCUAGUCAUUGUGUCCCUGUUAUUAUCAGUGAUGACAUUGAGUUGCCUUUCGAAGACUUUUUGGAUUAUUCAGAGUUCUGCAUAUUCGUACGCGCAUCAGAGGCUGUGAAAAAUGGAUACCUUCUCAAUCUCCUGAGAGGAAUCAAGCGAGAGAAAUGGACCGAAAUGUGGGAAAGGUUGAAGGAAAUUACAAAACAUUACGAGUAUCAGUAUCCAUCGCGACCUAAUGAUGCAGUGGAUAUGAUUUGGCAGGCAGUUUCAAGGAAGAUAUCUAAUUCACAGUUAAAUGUUCACAGAAAAACUCGAUACCAGAGAACAGAUAUGCUUCUGAAAGCCGAAUAGUCUAGUAUGUUUCUUCUGACAUCUCAUCCAGCUAUUUAUUCAGAGCAAAGAUCAUUUUACAAGAAGUUCAUGCCUUAUGAACCAGGUUGAACUUCAAGAACACAACCAUCUGUUGGUUAUUUAGGGAGGAACUUAAAAGAGCUAUCUUUUUGUUGUAGAUCCUGUUUCCCCCCUCUUCAAAACCCUCCUGUAUUCUGUAAAGUAAAGACCUUGGGGAAAUUCUAUAUGGGAAAGUUAUGCAAAAUUUCAGUUCUACAUUUUCUAAAAACCAGGUACACAACAUGCUAAAGGGUAAAGACACAUGUUACUGUACAGGCAAUUUCCGGUUGGGACAAUAUUGUCAGACAAAAAACUGAAAACCUAGCUCAAAACAAUCAAAGAAGUUAAGAGGAGAUCAGUCUGAGAUUGAAGGUUGUUUUAUAGACAGGUAAAGAAAAAAUUGAUAUUUAUACACAAUUAUGAGUUGUGCUAUAACAGAUUCAACUGCAUUACCUCAGUCUAUCUAUUGGAUUAUAGAGUGCCUCAAACUAAAUCUAUAACAAACAUUAGAAACUGCCAUAAACCUGCUAAAGUGUAUACUCCAUCUCAUGUCCGCAUCCAUGUUGACCGCAAACCAGCCUGUAGUUUCAUCAUCCUUCCUUUCAUCCUGUGCCGCCUUUACAACAAUCACUUGAAAGAAUUUUACUUUAGGUGGUAUCAGCACCUGUUAUGAAUAGGGUCUGAACCUCUUCGAACUCUUCGUUUGUCCGACUGGUUGGGAUCAAACAUCAUUGCAGGUGAAGGGGCUAAAUUCUGCUGCACAGGCAUAUCUUCCAAGCCCACAGUGCUCAGAAUACGUGAGCUUCUCUUAAACAAGAAUUCAGCCUGCGGUAAUCUAAGUGCAAGAUCCAUGCUUCUAAGACUAGAAACCGUAUCAGGUUGGAUACAGAAGAAGAAGCCAAUAUAGGCAAGAAGGAUGAUCAUUCUGCAAGGAGAGAAGCAGCACAUUUUUUCUGCCGUUCAGAGAAGCCAAAGAGAAACAAACAACGGGUAUGUCUUCUUUUAGGCAAAUGGCAAUCAGAAUAAGGUUCCUUGUUGAAAAGAGUAUAGGCUACACAACUUGAAUUUCUUUAUUUAUGCCUCAUUCUUGAACAGACAGAUAAAAAACUUACUGUGGAAGCCCAUUUUCCUUUUUCAUGGGAUUUUGAAGACUAAAGGUAUAAAGCAUAAUGGGGUCCCUGGAACAAUCAUCAGAAGCUAGGAUUCACUCAAUGAUAAGCCUGCCAUAGAAGUUAUAUAUAAGGCUGUUUUAGAAGACACUGACUGGUUUGAACAAAAAAAGUAAUAGAAAUUAUAACUGGGAACAUCAUUCUAGGGAAGCCAAGAAUCUUUUUUGUUGUUGCUUCCCUACAAUCCCUAUCAUUGCCUUCUCUUUUGGACCAAACAAUGACCAGAGAAUAAGACCAACUCUAGACCUGCUGGCCAUGUCAUCGAGUCAUAUGCCACGUGUUUUCGAAUUUCUUACAUUGCCCGUCAAUUAAAUCUCAGCGAGACAGCUGAAUCACCUGUAAUUCCAGCUGAAGUGAUUGGGGUGAAUACAUAUGAAGAAACACACAAAUAAUGGCCAUCGUUUUUUAGAUUCUGGUAAUAUCUAUGAUAAAAUGGUAUCGUUUCACCAAUGAAAUACGUUUACUAUGAGAAGAUUUGACUGAGAAUCUGAUCUCAUA